UAUCAGCUUUAUUUAUGUGUGUUAGAUGCUUACCUCAUAUAUAAAUUUGUUUUAUUUAAUAAAAGCGGGAGAAGUUGCUUAUUAUUUAAUAACAAAAAAUUACUUUAAAAAUUAAUUAAUUUAAUAUUGAUACAUAUUGCUCUUACAUCAUAAAUGAUUGAACAUCCCCAAUAGAUUUAAUAAUAAUAAUAAUAGGUAUAAAAUCCAUAACAAUAGUAGUAGCCAUAACUACCAUAUAAUCCAAGCACAACACAGCAAUAAUAAGCAACUUAACCUUAGCAUAAUUAUUAGUAUUAGCAAGGAUAGCCAACUCCAAUUUAACAAACUCCGGCACCAAUAAGCAAUAUUUAAACUAGUUCAUAACAAAAUCCCUAAAUAGUUUAAGAAGAACCUAUUAAACCUUAAAGAAUGCCUAAAUUAUCUCAUGAAGAGUUAAUGCAAGAAGCAAAGAAAAUCGUUAAACUGCAUCCUCCUAAGCAUUAGAAAACAAAAGAUGAAAUAAAUAGGAUAUUGGUUGAUAACUAUGAAAUUUUAUUAGAAUUGAAGAAGGAAUAUAUCAAAAGAAAGAACUAAAACAUUACAAAUUCAGAUAUCCUAAAUAUCAUUUAUGAUUAUGAAAAAAAUCUUGUUAAGCUAUGCAGAACUCUUCCACCUGAUUAGAUAAUUGAUAUUGAUAUCUUGAAGAAUGGAAAAACUAAGUUAUUAGAUAACUCUAAGAUAAAGAAGCCUAAGAUUUAGCAAAUAUUUGCCUAAUAAUAAUAGUAAAAAUCAUAGUAGCAAAUAUAAUAAGCACCUAUGAAUGGUGUACCACGCCCUCAUGAUCAAUAACAUUAAAUUCAAUAAUAACAUCACUAAAAUUAACCUCCUGUACCAAACCCAUAAGCUAACUAAUAUUAAUAGUAACAACAGCAAUAGCCUUAGUAGUAAAUCAAUUAAUAGAACUAGCUACACCAAUAGCCACAUUCAAAUAAUUAACCAAACUAAACUCUUAAGUAACCAAUUUAACAACAUAGCUAACUUUAGUAGCCUAUGCACAACUAAAUGCCUUAGCAAGCUCCUUAAAUUCCAUAGUAAAACUAACCUCCUCAUCAUGCUUAGGGACAAUAAUUACCUCCUCCUGCUCAUCCAUAAUAGAACUAAUAGUAAUAAUAGACAUAAUAUCAGUAACAAGCUCCUUAACAUUUAUAAUAGCAACAAUAGCAUUAAUAAAAUUAUUCUAAUAAUUACUGA